AUGGAAAGUGGAGCACUCGUCUCACCGCAGCAAAGCAUUGACUACAGCUUCCAAUAUGGCGAGUCCUCAGGACAUCCGGAUCCCGUGCUGUUUGCCGCAGCGGCAAAGUGGAAGAUCGACUUGAGUGGCUACCGGAUGGGACCACUUAACCCGGAAGAACUGCUUCUGUACCUCGACAUCCUGAAACUAGAGCCCAGUGCAUUGAGUGAGCCCAACCUCACCACCUUGAACACUCUUAUCUUAGCCCACCUUGAACGUAUCCCUUUCCAGGGGAUAGACACUUUCGUCGGCCAUCUACCGCCGCUUGAUGACGACUCAGUGUUCCGUAAAGUGAUUGAGCAGCUCCGGGGUGGCCACUGCGUGGAGCUCAAUAAUAUCUUCGGGAGGCUCUUGCUGACACUGGGCUUCAAGUUCCACAUUCGGGCAGCCAGGGUCCGUUGGGGCCGUCCGCUGGACACGCCGUUGACCCCUCUAGGACACAUGCUCUUCUGCGUCGACCUGGGCGAGGAAGGAGAGUACUUCGCAGAUGUGGGCUUUGGCGGGCCCAACCCGUUCAAAGCGCUGCCUGUAGAAGGUGAAGCUGAGCCUUACCGUGUGCGCAGACUCGAUGAAGAAGGGAACAUCGAGGUGGCCAUCAAGUCAACGGGACGCGGUGUCGCAUCAGCGAGUUGGCGUCCCCUGUACCACGUGUUUCCUCCGCCGCAAAAGUGGAUCGACUUCGUGCCACAGUACUGGUACGCCUCGCUGCACCCCCGGUCGUUGUUCCGUAACGUGCUCAUGGUGGGGCGCUUCGUUGAUGAUUCGUGGCUGACGCUGGUGGACGGCCGCUUCUGCCGCCGCUCGACGAUCGGGCAAGUGGAACAGCGUCAUGUCACGGAGGUGGAAGAAGUUCUUCGCCUCUUCGGCACCGAGUUUGCUUUAAUGCUGAAUCCCGACAUUGACCUCGACUGCCUCAAGUGCCGGAUUAAGAGCGUUAUUUAG